UUUAUCACUCUAACAAUUUUAAAAAUAAAUAAAAAAACAGUAGUGAGUGGAUUAUUUUACGGACCAUGUCAGAGCUAUUUCAUAAAAGCUGUUACACAUCACGCAGCACUGGAUACAAGUAUCGCACGCUAUCUACUAAUACAGGAGAGAAGAAGCGACGAGAGAGCAAAGAAGAUUCAACGUUCGAUAGAAAAUUUAAAGAAUUAAAAGGUGAAAUAGGUUCACGAAUUAUGAAAGAGGUAGAUGAAGUACAGAGAGCAAGACAAUCUAUUCAGGACAAAUUUGAAAAAAUCGAUGCAAAAAUAAAUUCAAUGCUUAAUAUUCAAACUACAAUAACACUAUUAAGAAAUGAUUUACGACAAGCGGAGAACAUUUUGGUAGACACGAUUGAAAAAGUCGAAAAAAUGGAGGGGAUCAUCGGAGAAAGCGAAGCUUCCAGCCUCCAAUCUCGAAGCUCGUAUUGCAAACCUCAGCAAUCGAUUGUUACGAAGAAAGAAUCAGUAUCGCUGCGAAUCACUUAAACUUAUUCCUACUUACUACUGCUAC